AUGAUCACCUUCAAAGCAAUUGUCUUUGCUCUUCUAGUUCUCCUUGUCGAACUCAACACCGCAUCUCCCAAUGUAUCUCGUCGCUCGGCACUCACAUGCCUAUCGUCGAACAUCCCCCGCUUCAAUCCUGUCGCAGUAUUCAGGGAUCCCCCUGCAUCAGGACCCCCCUCGGCCGCCCUCGGCAUGAUCAACGUCGCCACAAUCCCCGGCCUCAGCUGGGGCAUCUUCUCGGCGGGCGGCGGCACAGGCGGCUGGCUCUUCUACAACCUGCAGAGCGGCGCGAUAUUCCCCGUCGGCUCCGCCCCGUUCCCCGCGCCCGUGUCAGUAGCUCUGGUCGCCGGGGAAUCGCCCUUGUUCGUGUCCAUCCGGAACCCGCCCACGCCAUUCGCGGGGUACUGUUCGGCGAUUAAUCCUGCAGGGGGCCCGGACAUUCUAUCUGUGGGAGGGCAGUCGCUGUGGUCCCUCUGUUCCAACACGACCGCCGGGGGGCGGAACGACCUCGUAUGGUCUCCCAUCGCCAACCACGCCCACUAUUCGCUCCCAAGUUGCCAGGAAGUUGAUAUUCAGAUGAUCCCAGCGUAA